UCUCCAUGUGACCGGAGCCUUACACAUUAAAGCUUUUAUCAAUACAUUAUUUAUGAUGGAUACUUUUGAUAUUUUCCAAAUGUUAUCUUCUGGUAUAAGAUUUGACAAAGAGCAUUUUACAAACGACGCUAAAAAAUAUCAGCUUGAAAAACGUGCAAUAACUGUUAAGGAGGAAAUAAAUGCUGAAAUACAAAAUAAGGAUGGAAAUUUUUUUAAAAAAAGUGUAACAAAACUCAAAGAGAAUGUCUUUAAAGAUAACCCUAUUGAUAUACUUGUUAACAAUCAUGAUCGUGAAGAUAAAAAUAAACUGUCAAAUAGAGUGGAAGAAAGAAGUAAUUUAAACAAAAUAAAUAAUAUACAUUCGAACGUUCCAACGUUGUUGGGUGGAAUUGUGGCAGCUGAGGAUAGUAAGAACAGCAGGCAAAAAAAAAAAAGUAAAGUAACAGGGGAUGUAUUAACACAACAAGAACGUCAGAAGGUCAAUCUAUGUAGAGAUGAACAUUUGGUUCAUGUUACAGGAACCAGAAUACCACCACCAAUUGAAGCAUUUCAACAAAUUUGUGUUUACCACAAUGUCAAAAGUUGUAUUAUGCAGAGUAUAUUCCGUCAUUAUGCUGCACCUACUGCAAUCCAGAUGCAAGCUAUUCCAAUUAUGUUGCAGCAACGAAAUUUAUUGGCUUGUGCUCCAACCGGAUCUGGAAAAACUUUAGCUUUUUUAUUGCCUGUCAUUAUACAAUUAAAGGAACACAGAGAACUGGGCUUACGUGCUGUAAUACUUGCUCCUACUAGAGAGUUGGUUCAACAGAUCCUUAGAGAAUUCUUAACACUGAGUGAUCGAUGUGAAUUUGGAGUGUUCCAUAAUGCAUCAAUAGGAGUUACAGAAAAAUUUGGACAAAAAAGUUGGAAUACAUUUGACAUAUUAAUAUCCACCCCUUUGAGGCUUUUAACUUUAUUACGACAAGAAUCAAAUCCAAUCUCACUUUCAAGAGUUGAGUGGCUUAUCAUUGAUGAAGCUGACAAGUUGUUUGAAGAAGGUAACAUAGCAUUUAAAAAUCAAUUAGAGGAAAUUCUAAAAGCUUGCCAAAAUGAAAAAUUACGAUGUGCUAUGUUUAGUGCUACGAAUCCUGUUGAUGUAACAUAUUGGUGUCGACAUAAUCUUAGACAACUUACUACUAUAACAAUUGGUCAAAAAAAUGAUGCAGCCAAUACAAUUAAACAGGAACUAAUAUUUGUUGGAAACGAGCAAGGCAAACUUAUGCAGCUAAGAAACAUUUUUCAAAAAGGUGUAUCUCCUCCUUUGCUCAUUUUUGUUCAAAGUAAAGAGCGAGCACAAGAAUUAUUUAAAGAACUUGUUUAUGAUAAUGUGAACGUAGAUGUCAUACACGGAGAUAGAACUCAAACGCAGCGAAAUAACGUUGUCCACUGCUUUCGAGAAGGAAAAAUAUGGGUUCUGAUAUGCACAGACUUAAUGAGUAGAGGAAUAGACUUUGAAGGUGUCAAUCUGGUCAUCAAUUACGAUUUUCCUCGUUCUGCAACAUCUUACAUUCAUAGGAUCGGACGUACUGGUCGAGCAGGGCGCCAAGGAAAAGCGAUCACAUUUUUUGCUCUCCAAGAUAUCGAUUAUUUGAGAAGCAUUGCUUCAGUGAUGCGGAAAUCUGGUUGCACAGUACCUAAUUACAUGUUUUCUACAAAAACAUUAAGUAAGAAAAAAAGACGAAAAAUAGAAAACAUCGCACCUGAAAGACAAAACACAUGUACCAGUUCAAAUUUUGAAAGAUGUUCUAAAUUAAGACAUCAUUAAAAAAAAAAUUUUUGAAACAAACAGUAAAGAAAGGCUCAGUUAAAUCAAAAUUGAACACGAAGUAGAUGGAAAGCGUGAGUUACAUCAGUUACAAAUUAAAUAAAUCCAAAAGCUAGGUAGCAAGUAUUAAAUCUUGAGUUGUUCAAUAUUUAACCUAAAACUGAA